AUCCCACGUCCAUCAGCAUUCAGGGAAAUUCGGAUUCCAGCAUUGCUAUUUCAACCAGCAUUCUGUCACUCUCUGCAGCCAUCACUCAGCUCACAGGCUUCCCUCUGUGGACUGCUAACCGACUCCCAUUCUUGCAAGAAUCGUGUCUUGAUCGUCAGCAGCCAUGUUGCACAACACUACUGGUGCUGCUGCUGGCGAGGACCAUGUCGUCGAGUGUGUGUUUUCCUCGCGUUACACGUCUGCCAGCGUUCCCAAGUACCAGAUCCCCCAGGAUGGAAUUCCCAAGGAGGCGGCGUACCAGAUGAUUCACGACGAGCUGCUGCUUGACUGCAACCCGCGCCUCAACCUCGCGUCGUUCGUCACCACGUGGAUGGAGCCCGAGUGCGACCAGCUGAUCAUGGAGUCGCUCAACAAGAACUAUAUUAAUAUCGAGGAGUACCCCGUCACCAACGAGCUCCAGGAGCGGUGCGUGAACAUCAUUGCGAAUCUGUUCAACGCGCCCCUGGGCGACGCAGAGGGCGCGAUCGGCGUGGGGUGCGUGGGGUCGUCAGAGGCCAUCAUGCUGGCGGGGCUCGCGUUCAAGCGCAAGUGGCAGGAGCGCCGCAAGGCGGAGGGCAAGCCCUACGACAAGCCCAACUUCGUCUGCGGCUCCGAAGUCCAGGUGUGCUGGGAGAAGUUUUCCAACUACUUCGAGGUGGAGACCAAGUUCGUGAACGUGAAGGAGGGGUCGUUCGUGAUGGACCCGCAGGAGGCCGUGGACGCCGUCGACGAGAACACCAUCUGCAUCUGCGGCAUUCUUGGGUCCACUUAUAACGGGGAAUUCGAGGACAUCAAGCGCCUCAACGACCUGCUCGUGGAGAAGAAUGCCAAGACGGGGUGGAACACGCCGAUUCACGUGGACGCGGCGAGCGGCGGGUUCGUGGCGCCGUUCCUGUACCCGGACCUGGAGUGGGACUUCCGCCUGCCCACGGUGCGCUCCAUCAACGUGAGCGGCCACAAAUUCGGGCUCGUGUACCCGGGCGUGGGGUGGGUGGUGUGGCGCAGCAAGGCGGAUCUCCCCGAGGACCUCAUCUUCCACGUCAACUACCUGGGCGCCGACCAGCCCACGUUCACGCUCAACUUCUCCAAAGGCUCCAGCCAGCUGAUCGCGCAGUACUAUCAGUUCAUCCGCCUCGGCUUUGAGGGGUACCGCAAGAUCAUCGGCAAUUGCGCGAACAACGCGCAGUACCUGAAGAAGGCCCUGGAGGACAUGGGGUGCUUCGACAUCCUCUCCAAGGACGUGGGCGUGCCGCUCGUCACCUUCGCGCUCAAGGAGAAGGACGGCCCCUUCUCAGAGUACGACAUUGCUGACAUGCUCAAGCAGUUCGGGUGGAUCAUCCCUGCCUACACCAUGGCGCCCGACCUCGAACAUGUCACCAUGCUGCGCGCGCUGGUCCGCGAGGACUUCUCGCGGUCACUGGCAGACCGCUUCCUGAACGACCUGCGCAUGACAGUGAAGAUGCUGGAGGACAGAGGCGUCACCGUUCCCCGCACCCUCCCCACGUCCGGCUCUGCUGCAGCUGCUGCUGCUGCCGUUGCUGCUGUGCCCGAGCACGAGGCCGUGGCUGUGGAAGUGCCCAAGCCGGGGACGAAGCUUGUGAGGAACCUGGAGGCGGACGAGGGGUACGUGCUGUCGCCGUUGGCGGGCACGCGGCUGAUGCCGCCCGGCAAGAAGCUGGAGUACAGCCACUCACUGGACACGUCAGCCCUGCGGCAGCGCACGUUCCGCGUGUUCAAGAAGAACAGCAUCGCCAAGACCAACGGCGUGUGCUAGGGGAUAGGGGGAUACUGCUAGUGGGGGAAACGCACACGGCGCAGAGAGUUGCUGGUAAGGUUUAUGAUUUAUGGGAGGACAUUCGUGAUCUGCAUGCUGUAUGUAUGCUUGUUUCCAGAUCAUGGCAUCCAGUCCAACCACACAGCUGAAUCAUAUCAAGUUCCGCAUGUUCAAGGACGACAGCAUCGCCGGGACCAUCCGCAUGUACUAGAGGCCGCAGUGGUGCCCUUGGUGGGGAGGCACUAGGAGAAAAGCUGCUGUGGUUGGUGAUGUGCUGCAUGUGAUUUAUGCACGGACAGUUGUGAUGCUACAAGUGCUUUACAUACCGUAGGAUGUUGGUAUAUCCGCAGCGCCCAACCAAAGCUGACCUGUGCUGAUCUGUAAAGCCGAAUCACUGACUCGCAGGCUGCACACAUCUCCUAGAGAGCAGUGUGUAAAGGAUGCAGCGCGUAGCAUGACCACUUCGGGACUUGAGAAAGGACUGUAUAAAAGCUGCCACAUGCA